AUGUGGUUCUUCACCAUAUUCUUCGUCUUUUGGCGAUUCUGCCAAAUCAUCACCUUGAUCCCCGUGGUGGGAAUGCUCGCCUGGUUCGUCCGAGGCUACGUCGAAUCCAACGCCCUGACCCCCGACUACAUCCUCGUCCUCUUCAUCGUCUCCGUGCUCGCCCUGGCCUGGGCCCUCUUCACCCUCUUCAGCUACCACCGCUCCAGCACCAACGCCACCUGGGUCGCCAUCGUGGACCUCCUCUUCGUCGGCGCCCUCAUCGGCUCCGUCUACGCCCUCCGCGAGAUCCGCAACGUCGACUGCAACAACGUCGUCGGCGACGCCGACUGGAGGCGCCACUUCGCCGCCAUGGCCGUCGUCACCACCGGCGCCUGGGACUGGCUCUCCGGCAGGCCCUGCUCCAUGCUCAAGGCCUGCUGGGCCUUCGCCAUCAUGAACGUCGUCAUGUUCUUCUUCACGAGCUUCCUUGCCUGGUUCAGCGGCGACGGCCUCCGCCGCGACACCGGCUAUGACGAUUCGUAUCGCGACGGCGCGCGCUCGUCUUCCCACCAUCGUCGGCGUCACAGCGGAAGUAGCCGACAUUCGCGCUCCUACGAAUCUCGGCCUAGUUCGCAUUCCCGCCGUGUUUAUGUCUGA